UUCUUCUCUCCUUUACCACAGCUAAUCACAGUCGGAGCCACUGCACAGGGAGUCACAAGUCAAAAUUCCAAAGGCAACUUCUUCUGCAUGUAUUUAGCAGGAGCCAUGGCUGUCACAUUGGCCAUAUACAUAUCAGGAGGUGUCUCAGGAGCACACUUGAAUCCAGCAUACUCCCUUAGCUUGUGUGUCUUGGGCAAAUUUCCCUGGAGAAAACUGCCCCUCUACUGUGUCAUUCAGCUGGUGGGAUCAUUCACAGGAGCCGCAGCUGCCUAUGCUUUGUAUUAUGAUGCCAUCCAGAAUUACACUGGUGGGAAUCUUACAGUCUUUGGACCUAGAGAGACAGCUUCAAUUUUCUGUUCUUACCCAGCAUCAUACUUAAGCAUCAGCAAUGGCUUCCUAGAUCAGGUGAUGGGUACUGCCAUGCUGAUGAUGGGCAUUCUGGCUAUUCUGGACUCUCAAAACAAACCGGUGCCUAAGGGUCUAGAACCAAUUGUAGUGGGCAUGUUGGUAUUUUCUAUUGGUCUGUCGAUGGGCGCUAAUUGUGGAUAUCCCAUAAAUCCAACACGUGACUUAGGGCCAAGGCUGUUUACCUAUGUGGCUGGAUGGGGAGCAGAUGUCUUCAGGGCUGGUAAUUACUGGUGGUGGGUUCCUGUGGUUGCCCCUUGUGUGGGGGCUGUUCUUGGCUCACUUCUGUACCAGGUCUUUGUGCAAAUUCAUCACCCUGUAAAAGAGAGCGAAAAUGAGCAAGGGAAAGAGACAAUAUCUCAGCCUGAGAACAGAAAAGAAAUUCCAGUGUAUACAAUAGACCUAGACAACUCUCUGUGUCAUCGUUUAUGAGAAGAACUGCAAGACAACUGGAUUCUGUUCAUAUAAAAAUAUAGACCCAUUGGUGCGCUAAAACUUUGGUUAGAGAUUAUUCUACAGAACGUUAAAGAGACACUCUAGUCAAAAUUAAACUUUCA